UUCGCGGCAGAUAGACGUUUGCUCGCUCGUACAACUGCCGUGUAUUCUUUUCUGUGAUUGUUGUUGUUGUUUUUGAAGUUUAUGUUGUAACAUAUCAGCAACCUGUCACUAAUAUUAUAAAACCGCAUACUUUGAAAACUGGUCCGAGAUGAGCUGUCUAACUAUGAAUGAUAUGAAACCAAUGCGGACUUCUGCAAAAGUGUGUGGAAAAAACGGUACAGAUUUCCUUGAGGUGAAGGAUAACAACAUCGCAGACACGGAGGCAUCGCGGAAAGGUGGAGAGGAAGAAGAGAACGAUAACAAGAGAACAAAAUGCUUCAUGAAAGAGGCUAUGUCGGAAGGGGGAAGAGCACUGCUGAUCGUCGUAAUUCUUCUGCUUGUCCUUCUGCUGACGUUCCCGCUCCUUUUUCCUCUCUUAUCGUUUUUGACGUCACAGUCAAAAGUAAUCGGCGAGAGCACAGAUCGUACUUGGCCAAAUGAAGAAUACGAAAAACCUGCCAAGAGCAGAGGGUCGCCAUUCCACUCACAGAAGGAAGGGAAGAUUUGGUUAAGAACAGAACGACUCUUGCCUACAAUCACUCUUCUGUACGACCGCACGACCCGCCCUGUCACCCUGUACCAGCCGGAUACAUAUGAGGAGUCAGCUGCCGGCCAGAGAUGGUACUUCAAGGCAGUCCAGGGACACGACGGCAUAGCAGACGUCGAAAUGCUCCUCCAUAGCUCCGUGCAGAAAUUCCAACUGGCCCUCAAGAACCCACGAGGAUCAACUACUGUACAUCACAUUUCUCUUCAGGCCAGUGCCAAGACCCCGUCCCCUUCGCAUCUCCUCCUCCCCGCCACGCCCGUCGCGGAGCUCACCCAGGGCCUCGAAGCCCCUUCCGACAGCCUGGUGGUGAACCUCUCUUAUUACCUCAACGACUGGGUGGGCAAAGGCUCCGAAUUCUCUAUUCUCUUCGAAACGCAGGAGGCAAAUCCUCCUACUGACGCUGGCGAUAGUCGUGACAAUACUAGCUCUUACCAGCACUUUCGCCACUCCUUGCUGCAGCCCGUCGUCACUGUGCUGGACCACAACACGACGUUUGCGGUUCGGGAGGACGAUGGCCUCGAGGGCGCUCUCAGAGAAACUCUUGCCGGAAGGAUGGCUGAAGUGGUGACUCGGAGAACGGAUACGGUUGCAACACUGCCUCCUCUCGGAAGGCAUCGGAGGGAGGCGAGUGAAGAGUGUCAGAUGUCAAUGGUGUCGGUGUCACUUUCUGAUCUUGGCGUGGAGAGCGUGGUCUACCCAACGACGGUGGACAUGAAAUUCUGCACAGGGUCGUGUCACGUAACCGAUGACCCUGAAAUGUUUUCAACCAAUGCCUUGAUACGCAUUAAAUACAAGUUUUUGCGAUCAUCUUCGCCUGUGCCUCUGCCCCAGUGUACACCCACGCACUACGAGUAUCUCCCUUUCAUCAUCUGGCAGAGGGGAAAACUUAUGAAAAUCGGCAUUGGUGAUCUGGAUGCUACGAUUUGUGGAUGCCGAUGAGAGCCACGAAAUUUGAUUCAAGUUGUCAUGCCAGUCGCUAGUCGGAUAACGCGAAUCGUUUAUUCGAUCAUUGGAUUGUGUGAAUCGUCAUAUGAAUCGUCUUUGGGUUGUGUGUGAAUUAUUAUUGUAAUUACUAGCCGGAUCGUGUGUGAAUUCUCAUGUGAAUCGUUGGCUGAAUCGCGUGUGAAUUAUGAAGUGAAUGAUUACGUGAAUCAUUGUUCGAUGUUUGGACUGUGCUUGUUAUCAUGUAAACCGGUAGCUGGAUUACAUGAAUCAUUACUUGAAUUGUUUGUAGGAUUAUUCGAUUGUGUGAAUUAUUAAUGGAGUCGUAAGGUUAUUGGCUUAUGUGAAUAAUAGGUUGGUUAAUGCGAAUUAUCCUGUGUGUCAUUUGCUGGUUUAUUGGGUUAAUGGGCUGUGUGGAUCAUUAGGUGAAUCAUUUGUUGGAUUAUUUUGUGUCAAUGAUUUUGUAAAUAGGUGAAAAUAGGAAUCGUUAGCUAGAAUGAGUGAAUGGCUCAUUCGAAUGUGCAAAUCGUUGGUUCGAUUGCAUAAAUUGUUUAAUGAAUCUCAAGUUCGGUUAUGUUAAUAAUUCAAUAUAUUAUUGGGAAUAUGUCAGAUGGAGUGUAAUAUCAUGCAAGUGAAAAUAAUAUGCUUAAUGGGUGAUGAUACACCAGUGUCAGAUACGAGGGUAUCAUUUUUCAGAAUAAAGAAAGAGCUCUUUAUACAAUAUAUUAUCAUUAUGGUGACGGUAAUUAUUAUAAAAAAUGACAAUCUGAAGAAAAAAUAUUCAGCUAUCUACGUAUGGCAAGAAAUUCAGAAUGUGUCUCACUCCACAGACAGAGAUCUGCAAUAUAUAUUUUGACUUCUUGUAGCUAGCUGUAUAUAUUAGAAUAUCACGUAACUUUAAAAAGUUAGUGUUUACAUGUAACAUAUGGAUUUCUUACUAGUAUUGAUAUAUAUAGGGCGAUUGUUUUUUUAACAAUGUAUAAAUAUGUGUUGCACAUUUGUAAUAUUUGGAACUUAUUUGAAGAAUAUACCGUUCUUUACAUUUAGUCUUUCUGUAAAUCCACAC